GUAAGACUGUAAUAGUGAUCUGUGCCACGAGAGGGACAAAGAGAGGAAAGAAGUAAACAACUCACCUGCAGCAGGUGACUAUAAGGAAGUGAAAGUAAUCGAGGUGAAGGGAGAGACGCCAUUUCCAGGCUUUAAACGUCUGUCUGUUUUUCGUGUUUUUGAAGCAAGAGCCAUGAGUCUCUGUGAGGAGAAAGAAGAUGAGAAUGACUCCAUGAAGAAUAUGCCUUCUAAAUUUACUGAUGCUCCCAUGACCUCUGACCCCAGCAGCAUCAUCUGGAGGAGGAGAUCAAGAUCAAAGUCUCCUGAUCCCAGCAUAGCAAGCAUGGACCCACCCGAAGCUUUCAAUAAUGAAGUGACCCCUGACCCUCUUGAGACUGAAGAUCUACGGAAAUCAGUGUAUGAUGACCUUCAGAGAGUGAUAGACCACAACAAAACCAGCUUAAAGAACAAGUAUGAACGAUUAUAUGAGGGAGACAAAGUACACGACAAUGAAACACUCCUAAACAAGAUCUACACACGACUCUACAUCAUUGAAGGAGAGAGUGAAGGAGUGAAUAAAGAACAUGAGGUUUUACAGAUGGAAAAAACAGCACAAACAAAUGACUCACAAGAAACUCCUAUUUACUGCAAUGACAUCUUUAAAGCCUUAGCUGAACCGGGAUGUGAGAUGAAAGACCAGAUCAAGACUGUUCUUACUAAAGGCAUCGCUGGAAUCGGAAAAACAGUCUCUGUGCAAAAGUUCAUUCUGGACUGGGCCGAGGGAAAAGCCAAUCAGGAUGUAGAUUUCAUGUUUGUGCUUCCAUUUCGAGAGCUGAACUUGAUCAGAGAUCAUCAGUACAGUCUUCAGAGACUUCUGCUGGACUUUUAUCCUGAACUUCAUGAUCUGGACUCAAAGAUUUAUGAGGAGUGUAAAGUUGUGUUCAUCUUUGAUGGUCUGGAUGAAAGCAGAAUCACACUGAUGUUUUCAGAUGAUCAGAAAGUUUGUGAUGUGACUGAGACUUCAUCAGUGAGUGUGUUGAUGUCAAACCUCAUGAAAGGAGAGCUGCUUCCCUCUGCUCUCAUCUGGAUCACAUCCAGACCAGCAGCAGCCAAUCAGAUCCCUUCCAAAUACAUCAACCGUAUGACAGAAAUUCAGGGAUUCACUGAACCUCAGAAGGAGGAAUAUUUUAGGAAGAGAAUCAGUGACCAGCAUCAAGCCAGCAAAAUCAUCUCACAUAUCAGAAGAGCAAGAAGCCUCCACAUCAUGUGUCACAUCCCUGUCUUUUGCUGGAUCUCAUCCACUGUGCUUCAGAAGCUCCUGGAAGAAGAUCUGAAUGCAGAAAUCCCUCAAACUCUGACUGAAAUGUACAUCCACUUCCUGCUGAUUCAGAUCAACAUGAGGAACCAGAAGUAUAAAGAGAGUGAUCCAGAAAAACUUCUGGAGUCCAACAGAAAAGUUAUUGUGAAACUUGCUGAAUUGGCUUUCAGGCAGCUGAUGAAGGGCAAUGUGAUGUUCUAUGAGGAAGACCUGAUUGAGAGCGGCAUAGAUGUCACUGAAGCAUCAGUGUACUUUGGGAUUUGCACUGAGAUCUUUAAGGAGGAAUCUGUGAUUCAUCAGAAGAAAGUCUACAGCUUCAUUCAUCUGAGCAUUCAGGAGUUUCUUGCUGCUUUCUUUGUGUUUUACUACCAUGUAACUGCAACUAUGGAAAGACUUGAGAAUUUUGCUUCAGUACAAAAUUUGCUCAUAGGUGCAGUAAAUAACACAAUUGACAGACAGAAUGGGCAACUGGAUCUGUUCUUGCGGUUCCUGCUGGGCGUCUCACUGGAGUCCAAUCAGAGACUCUUACAGGAUCUACUGACACACACAGAGAACAGCUCAGAGAGUAUCAGGAGAACGACACAGUACAUUAAUGAGAAGAUCAAAGAUGGACAUGACCUCUCCACUGAAAGAUCCAUCAAUCUGUUCCUUUGUCUGCUGGAAGUGAAAGAUCAGACUCUGUACAGAGAGAUUCAGAAGUUUGUGAAAUCAGACCAACACCAAGAGAAGAAACUAUCUUCUGCUCACUGCUCAACAAUCUCCUACAUGCUUCAGAUGUCAGAGGAGGUGCUGGAUGAGCUGGACCUCAAGAAAUACAACACAUCAGAUAAUGGGAAAAGAAGACUGAUACCAGCUGUGAUCAACUGCAGAAAAGCUCUACUUACUGACUGUAGUCUCACUGCCCAAGAUUGUGAAGUUUUAUCAUCAGCUCUACAGUCCUCAAGAGAGCUAAUAGAGCUGGAUCUGAGUAACAAUGACCUGCAGGAUUCAGGAGUGAAACUGCUCUGUGAUGGACUGAAGAGUCCAAAUUGUCAUCUCCAGAAACUGAGGUUGUCAGGCUGUAUGGUGACAGAGGAAGGCUGUGGUUAUUUGUCUUCAGCUCUGAGUUCAAACCCCUCACACCUGAGAGAGCUGGAUCUGAGCUACAAUCACCCAGGAGAUUCAGGAGUGCAGCUGCUCAAACACAAACUGGAGGAUCCCAACUAUGAACUGAAGAUACUCAAUUGCAACCAUGAAGGACCUUUCAGACUUACACCAGGACUGAGAAAAUAUGCUUGUGAUCUUACACUAGAUCCAAACACAGCGCAUGUUAAACUCUCCCUUUCUGAGGACAAUAGAAAGGCAACAUAUCUUAAGGAGGAGCAGUCGUAUCCUGAUCAUCCAGACAGGUUUGAGAGCUUUGAGCAGGUUCUUUGUGGAGAGACUCUGUCUGGACGCUGUUACUGGGAGGUUGAAUGGACUGGAGCUAAGGCUGAUAUAGCAGUGACAUAUAAAGCACUCAGCAGGAAAGGAGGGAAUGAUUGUUGGUUUGGAUGCAGUGAUAAAUCCUGGAGUCUGUACUGCUCUUCUGAUGGAUUUACUUCCUGGCAUAAUAAUGUGAACACUAGCGUACCUGUCCCAUCACCCUAUUCUACAAGAGUAGGAGUGUAUCUGGACUCGUCGGCCGGCUCUCUGUCCUUCUACAGCGUCUCUGACACACACACACUCACACACUUACACACAUUCAACACCACAUUCACCGAACCCCUCUACGCUGGGUUUGGGGUGUUUGAGUCUGAACUGUCUCUGUGUCAGAUUACACAAUCUGCUUUGGGAAGGAACUAAAUCACACAUUUGUUGCUUAUAAUUUGGCUUUUAAUGCAUCUAAUUGCUAAUGAACAUCUAAAUGGUGACUGAAUUUGUUUAAACUAGAUGCUUUAAAAGUACUAUGUCAUACUGGAAAUAAAAGUGAGUGUGCAGCGGUUUGGUUGGUUAAUGGGAACACACAUUUUCUGCCUAUGUCUGCAAAAUUAAAAAUGCAUAAAAACAUAUGAAAUGCUUUUAAAAACUAAAAACUAAAAAUGCAGAAAGUUUUCUAUAAGUAGUAGGUUUAGGAGUCCAGUUGGUUUAAACACAAAUAUAUGAUAGAAAAUACAAGUUAUAAAAAAUAAAAACCAUUAUACCGGCCAUCAUAUACACGUUAGAUAAACCAUUCCCUUUGUGAUUACAGAAGAGCAAUAUGUUCCUAUAAGUAUAAAUAUAAGUUAUUCUGACUGAUGAACAGAAACUAUUGUUUCCAAACAAACACUGAAUCUUCCUCAACAAACAUCUAAAAACUAUUUUUCACGAAUAUCUAAAAACUCAAACUGCAUAAUAUUUUCUGGUGACUCUUAAGAGUAGGGUUGGUUUAGGUUUAUUUGGUUUGUAUAGAAUAAAAACCAUUGUAUCAGCCGUUAUAUUAUAUAACCAUUAUACCAGACUCUUUUAUCAGGAUUUACUAGAGUACCGCUGGAGAAGGAUUCCAGAAGAGUAAUCUGUUCCACUACAUGCUGUUUAAACGAAACAUAUUCUGACUGAAGAACAGGAACUAUUGUUCCUGAUAUCAGGAGUCAUCUGUUAUUCUGGGUGCUUUAUUGGAGACUUAGCGUUGUUCUGUAGAAACACUGGGAGCUCUUAUAAAAGCUACUGUAUAUUUGGUCAUUGUUUCAGAGGAUUCACAGCCUCGUUUUCAUGCUACUGUAUCAUCAACAGCUGUUAGAUCAAUGUAUUUUCUCUAUGUUCAGAAUAUUAAAAUAUUUAAUAUAUUUUUGUAAUUAUAGCUUUAAUUAUAUAAUGUUCUUAAAUACUGAUUAAUCCAUUCAAGUGUUUAAUGACUGUUUCUUCUUCUUGUCUCUUGUCAUUACAAAACUGUAAGCUAAAACCACAAUUGUUUUUUUAUAUUUUUAUAUUUAUAUUGUUUUACAUUUCUUUUACUUGUUUUUGGAUAUGCCAAAACGUUUGGUCAAGCAAGUUAAUAUGUAGUUAAAUAGCUUAUUUCAUGGUCAAAUCAGAUGCAAAUGUCUCUGUAAUGUAACAGCUGCAUGGUUUAACACAGAUAUAUUGGUUUUCUUCAAUAAAUCUUUGCACGUGAUGAAUCA